AUGGAGCGCCAUGCUUCCCAGGAGGAGAUAGUUGCGGCCGCGGCCGAAGAGCAGGCAGUGAUGGCGAUACACCAACAGAGGCUACAAAUGGCCAAGGCCUUACUGAACAAACACAACCCGAGUUGGUUUGCGGACGUGGAGGGGCACGUCAAGACUACGACCGAUGAGGCACGCGAAGAAGACGUCAAGCACAGCGCCGCUGCUGCGGCUGCGAAGCAAAGAGCGGCUGCCAUGGCGCUGUUGAAAGAGCACAACGCAGAUUGGUUCGGAGAUGAUAAGGAGGCGAAGAAACAAAGGUCAUUUUUUCGCCGGGUCAAGGAUUCUCGGAAAAUGAGAAAAAAAGACGGCCUCACGUCGCGAGCGCGCACAAGCAGUGCACAAGCGGAAAAAUCUCAAGAGAAGGCAGUGCUACAAGGAACGUUCGCGAGAUUGACUCGAGGGACGUCCUCAGGACGAAUUCGCAGCGAGUCGCCUCCGUCCUUGAUCGUACGAAAUGCUCACCCUCUUGGUCGGAAAUCAUCAUGGGGGGAACAUCAGGUAGCGCUAGGCUCGGCAUCUUCGGGACGAUCGGAGGGAUACAGAAAAAAGCCAUGGUUUUCGCGACACUCUCGAAGCCCAAGCCAACAGCUUUCCUCGAACCCAACCAGUCCGGUCGGAAUGAUCCACGGACAGAUCACGCCAAGGUCUUGCACGACGCCCGUUCCUCAGCCGUCGUUGAUGGAGAUCCUCGAAAACACCGCCGAGGAACCCAUGUCCCUGCGGUCCAUGCUGCGCUUCGCUAGAGAAAACCUGAUGGAAGAGAAUGUUCUGUUUUACCUUGAGGUGGUCUCGUUUAAAACGGGUGGCGGCGGGCGGUGCGAGUACCUCACAAACAUCAAGCGGAUCCACGAGCUCUACAUCCAGCACAACAGCAAGAGGGAGAUCAACAUCAGCGGCCAAAUGCGCUUGAACACAAUGGCCACCGUGGAAGCUAUCUUGAGGGCAGACGGCCAAAGCAGCGGUGGCAGCGCAGACUCUCCCGGCAAUGUCGAGCUGCGGGCUGCAGGCGACGAGGUAGAGAGACAGCCAGCGGAGACUAACGUAGUCGAAGCGGGGGGGGGCGGAUGCUUUGAAGCCGCAACACCAGCAGCAGAGACACCGGCAGCAACAGGGAGCGAGGCAGGGGGGGGCAGACCCCUUGAGAAAGCCGCAGCAGCAACAGAAGCAGCAAAAUCAGUCGGAGUGGAGGAUGUCGAUGUCGCAACAGUACCAAAGUUCGGUCAUGCGGACGGUGAAGAAGCAGGGGUAAGUGUUGCAGAAGCAGUCAUAGCUGACGAGGGCCAGGAGGGCUCGCGAGCUCCCGGUUCACUCCCUCUACUCGACUCAGUUCCAACCCAAUUGCCGACCCACAAGGCCAUCGUUAGCGGCAACAGCAGCAGCAGCGGCAGUCCCGCGACAGAGAGUGUGACCCCGGCUGCUGUCGAGGAAGAAACAGAGAGAGACGCCGCUGACAAUGCCGCUUCCGCCGGAAGAUUCACGGUACUGGGCAAGUGUCGGUCAGAUUCACCCUCAUCCAAGGAGAUCAGCAGCAGCAGCAGCAGUGGCAGCAGGGACGGCAAGCAAGACGGUGAAAUGGAGGAAGAAAUUAGGCUACGACGGGAUUCCACCAUGUGGGACGAUCGCUGUUUGCAUAGCGCCGACCUCGCGGCGGAGGACGACUUCAAUGCGAGCGUAGAAAUUGAACUGCUGGGGCUCGGGAUAGGGCCCGGGGGUGGCUACGGCGACCGAACAAUCUUCGACUCGGCGCUCCUUGAGGCGAAUCUUCGUCAUACUUCGUCAUCAAGUUUACCCGAAGUUCGUGGCGCGGGUGUCUAAAAGUAGCACCUGCCAAUCCUCAACGUCAUCGACAACCGUCCAUACCGCAACGUUAUCGACGGCUUCUGUACCACCAACAACACUGGGAACCCCUGUCAAGCCCAUCGAAGCGAGCAGGGUUUCGUUGUCGCAGUCGGAGGAGGUUGCAAAGGCGGUGAGGGCUGAGCUUGCGAAAUGCUACUUCUGACGUACCGGUCGGCAAGCUGUAAGAUAUACUCCCGCUCCUGGCGAAGGUAAAGGUUGCCUUCGUUGGGCGCUUCGUCGUGACGGGUUUUGGGGUAAGCUACGGAACUGUUGCACCACGAACCAAGCGCUCACGAACCGACUAUGGGCGAAUGAAUCCGCGGGGCGGAUCAUGCAGAAGCAAUACCCAGCCCCCAAAACAGUUGUGGCGAGAGAGUGUACGCGAUUGUACACGAGCGACGCCGACCGGAACUGUGAGCGUGGGACAGCAUUGAUUCGAUUGACGAGGAAGCCAGACUAUGUACUAUGUAGCAAGCAGGUUGACUUUUCCAGCGCCGUUCAAGGGGGAGUGGGAUUCGUGAGGUUAGUGUGGACAACGGACGUGAACCUACUGUAGUUGGCGAGGCCAUUUCAAGGCAGUGCGAAGAUGCGAAGGGACCACAAUGUGUUUUUUACACGGUGCUAGUCGUUGUGGCUUGCCUGUUUAUUCUUAGAUGCAUCAAUUGUAUUGGUCGGCAAGCGCGUGGGUGCCUGUUUAUUCUCAAAUGCAUCAAAUGUGACCUGUUCGGUUCGCGUGGAUGCCUGUUAUUCUCAGUUACAUCAGUUUAUAUUGUUGAUUCGCGUGCAGUCAACGUGUAGUUUUAUCGAAAAAUAUGUCCAUGGUUAUCGGGGAAACUUUAAGUCAGCGCAGGGCGCCGUGCCCGCGCUAUGCCUAUACGUGUAAUAUUCCGGAGUUGUACUAUGAACUCAUGCUCCCACGUACAGAGUGUACGCCGAUUGUUUUAUGCGUAGUCUAGAGAUGUAUUUUUAAUAGGUGUUGAAAGCAUUUGGAGUUAAGCACCAAACUCUAGGAACCAAGCAUUGGGAAUCGCGUAGAGGAAAAUCGGGAGCGUGGGAGGAGGGUGCCCAAAAGCGAGGUUGUAGAUCUUGGCGUCGUUGCAAUCGCUUAAUUUACAGGCACAGACAUACCCCGCAGCGGGCUAGAAUCAUAUACUUGGAGUACAGUAGCAUGAUAUAGUAGCAUGAUACAUUUUUUCAAGUGUGGCAGAGAGUAUUGAGUAUCAUAUUUGCGAUGCGCGAGUGAGAUGAAUGGGCCGUAUGGGAAGAUGGGCAAUAGCGCAGCGUGCCGCAUGGGCUCACCAGCAGUAAGCAGAACUUGUUCGCCCUCGUUGGACGACGAAAAAUGAUACCGACACGUGACAGGG